AUGAGAAUUCCAUGUGAUUUGGCAACGUACACCACAUUGAUUGAUGGGCUACUAAAGGAUGGGAAUAUAGUUCUUGCUUCAGAUCUUUAUGAUGAGAUGCGUACCAAAGGUAUAUUGCCUGAUGUGAUUACCUACACUGUACUGGUACAUGGUCUUUGUAAUAAAGGGCAGGUGGAGAAUGCACGCAAGGUCUUGGAAGAGAUGUAUAAAAAGAGUAUGACCCCUAAUGUACUCAUUUAUAAUACAUUAAUUGCUGGAUAUUUUAAGGAGGGGAAUUUGCGAGAGGCUUUUAUGUUGCAUGAUGAAAUGCUUGAUAAAGGUCUUGUACCUGAUGACACAACUUAUGAUAUUCUUGACAGAAAAUCUGAUCUUACAUCUAUUCACUCAUCGGUUGUGCUGAAGAUUGGUAAAGGGAAAAUACUCAACGAGGGUAAAGCCGUAAAGAUAUUGCCUUACUGGGGUAUGGUUCCAUGGUACAAAAUUGUCUUAGAGCUCAUUCCCUUCUUUCCAAGCUUGUCGAGGAGGGUUCAAUUGGAGGAUUUGGAGCACAUGUUGCUCAAUUCAUUUCACUUGAUGGGCUACUUGAUGCUGGAAUCAAGCGGCGCCCAAUCACUUUGCCUGAGUCCUGACAACUACAUCGAGGAUGCAGUACCGAAGGAUCAACUUGCUCUUGCAGGGUUGAGUGGGAAUCAUAUUGCUGCUACAACAUUGAGUUUGCUCGGGCACACUCGUGAUGUUCUUCUCAUAAUGUUCUAG